AUGAUUCUCACUCUCGAGAACGUCCCCUUCAUUCUUCUGGGUCUGUUGGGCGCCUAUUACUUGGUGCCGUACCUUCAGCGGUCGCACUUGCGGGACAUCCCUGCUCCUAGCUUUGCUGCGCUCACCAACUUCUGGUUGCUGCUGCAGGCCCGCCGCGGCCACAAGUUCCAACGGAUCGAUGACCUCCACAAGAAGCAUGGCAAGCUCGUGCGUAUUUCACCCACGCAGGUUUCCAUUGCCGAUGACGCCGCUAUUCAGAGCAUCUAUGGACACGGUAACGGUUUCUUGAAGGCUGACUUCUACGAUGCCUUCGUCUCCAUCCGCCGUGGUCUGUUCAACACCCGGGACCGUGCCGAGCACACUCGCAAGCGCAAGACUGUCUCCCACACCUUCAGUGCCAAGUCCAUUGGCCAGUUCGAGCAAUACAUCCAUGGCAACGUUGAGGAGUUCGUCAAGCAGUGGCAAAAGCUCGCUGAUCUUCAGGGUAACCCCAAGACUGGUUACGCCAGCCUUGACGCCCUGAACUGGUUCAAUUUCCUGGCCUUUGAUAUCAUCGGUGACCUCGCUUUUGGUGCUCCUUUCGGUAUGCUCGAGAAGGGUCAAGACAUCGCUGAGAUGCGCAUGCACCCCAAGGAUCCACCCAAGUAUGUCGCCGCUGUCGAGGUUCUGAACCGCCGAGGCGAAGUCUCUGCUACCCUGGGUUGCAUGCCUUCUCUCAUUCCCUUCGCCAAGUACAUCCCCGACAAGUUCUUCAGCGAGGGUAUGCAGGCUGUUGAGAACCUCGCUGGUAUCGCCAUCGCCCGUGUCAACGAGCGUACCAAGCCCGAAGUCAUGGCCAACAACACUCGUGUCGAUUUGCUCGCCCGCCUGAUGGAAGGCAAAGACGGAAAUGGUAACAACCUUGGUGGCCCUGAGUUGACCGCCGAAGCUCUCACCCAACUGAUUGCUGGCUCCGAUACUACCUCCAACACUGCUUGUGCUAUCCUGUACUGGUGCAUGCGUACUCCCGGUGUGAUCCCCAAAUUGCACAAGGUUCUCGACGAAGGUAUCCCCAAGGACAUUGAGGUUCCCACCCACGCCAUGGUCAAGGAUAUUUCCUACCUCCAAUGGGUUAUCUGGGAAACCAUGCGUAUCCACAGCACUUCCUCCAUGGGUCUUCCCCGUGAAAUUCCCCAGGGCGCUCCCCCUAUCGUCAUCGCCGGACACACGUUCAAGGGUGGUGAUGUACUGUCUGUGCCCAGCUACACCAUCCACCGCUCCAAGGAGAUCUGGGGACCCGAUGCCGAGCAGUUCGUCCCCGAGCGCUGGGACCCCUCGCGCCUUACCCCCCGCCAGAAGGCAGCCUUCAUCCCCUUCAGUCACGGACCCCGCGCUUGUGUUGGUCGCAACGUCGCCGAGAUGGAACUCCUCGUCAUAGCCGCCACGGUCUUCCGCCUCUUCGAGUUCGAGAUGCAGCAGGACGGACCCAUGGAGACCCGCGAAGGAUUCCUGCGCAAGCCCCUUGGUCUUGACAUUGGUAUGCGCCGCCGCCGAGUCGCCGUUUAA